GUCAGGGCUGGGCAGGCAGGAGCCAGGAGAGUAGCUACAAUGACUUCAGCAGUCCUGGUGGACAUCCAGGAUGAAGUGACCUGCCCCAUCUGCCUGGAGCUGCUGACAGAACCCCUGAGCAUAGACUGUGGACACAGCUUCUGCCAAGCCUGCAUCGCGGGGAAUAGCAAGGAGUUGGGUAUUGGCCAAGAAGAAGAGAGCAGCUGUCCUGUGUGCCAGACCAGCUACCAGCCUGGGAACCUGCGGCCCAAUCGGCACCUGGCCAACAUAGCGGACAGGCUCAGGGAGGUGGUGUUGGGCUUGGGGAAGCAGCUGAAGGUGAUUCUUUGUGCGCACCAUGGAGAGAAACUCCAACUCUUCUGUAAGGAGGAUGGGAAGCUCAUUUGCUGGCUGUGCGAGAGGUCCCAGGAGCACCGUGGUCACCACACGUUCCUCAUGGAGGAGGUUGCCCAGGAGUACCAGGAGAAGUUCCAGGAGUCUCUGAAGAAGCUGAGGCAGGAGCAGCAGGAAGCUGAGAAACUAACAGCUGUUAUCAGAGAGAAGAGGGCAUCCUGGAAGAAUCAGAUGGAACCUGAGAGACACAGGAUCCAGAAGCAGUUUGAUCAGCUGAGGAACAUCCUGGACAGAGAGGAGCAGCGGCAGCUGAAGAAGCUGGAGGAGGAGGAGAGGAAGGGGCUGAACAUCAUAGCAGAAGCUGAGGGUGAGCUGAUCCGGCAGAGCCAGUCCCUGAGAGAGCUCAUCUCAGACCUGGAGCACCGGUGUCAGGGGUCAACAACGCAGCUGCUGCAGGAUGUGAGUGAUGUUGCAAAAAGGAGUGAAUUCUGGACCCUGAAGAAGCCAGAAGCUCUCCCCACCAAGCUGAAGAGUAUGUUUCGAGCCCCAGAUCUGAAAAAGAUGCUGCGAGUGUUUAGAGAGCUGACAGAUGUCCAGAGCUACUGGGUGGACGUGACUCUGAAUCCACACACGGCUAAUUCAAAUCUCAUCCUGUCUAAGAACCGGAGGCAGGUGAGAUAUGUGGGCGCUCAGCUGUCUGGGUCUCAUCUGGAAGAGCAUUAUGGCUGUGGUGUCCUGGGCUCUCAGCACUUCUCCUCAGGAAAGCAUUACUGGGAGGUAGACGUGGCCAAGAAGACUGACUGGAUCCUGGGGGUGUGCAGUGAUUCAAUGGGACCUACGUUCUCUUUCAACCAGUUUGCGAACAAUCGGAAUGUUUACUCCCGAUACCAGCCUCAAAGUGGAUACUGGGUGAUUGGGUUACAUCAUAAGCACGAAUACAGAGCCUACGAGGAAUCGUCCACCUCCUUGCUCCUCUCCAUGAUGGUGCCCCCUCGCCGAAUUGGGGUGUUCUUAGACUAUGAGGCCGGCACGGUCUCCUUUUACAAUGUCACCAACCACGGCUUCCCCAUCUACACCUUCUCUAAGUAUUACUUUCCUACCACCCUUUGUCCGUAUUUUAAUCCUUGCAACUGUGUAGUCCCGAUGACCCUGCGUCGCCCAAGCUCUUGA